GGAGGAGGGCAGCUGGGUGGGAACUACACACUGAGACUUCAGCGUCAGAGAAGAGCUACAGAGAGCGUUUGGGAAAUUGGUUAGUGCCAAGGGCUGCUGCUUUUUUUAUUUUUUGCCAUAUUUGGCUAUUUUUAAACUACUGCACGUUUCCUACCAAGGCAUGGUCAGCGAAGGAGGUCAAGGACCAGGAUGCUUCAUAGCAAAGUGCCAGGUUUGAGUAAUGGCUGUUCAAUCUCCAAAUCUCCUGGCUAAACUGCGGAAGUUAUUAGGUAAUGAUCCAGAUGGAGAUACUCAAUAUGGCUGGCAACCGCCUAAAGAGAAAGUACAUGGUGAAUCGAAUAUGGGAGAAAAGGUUUUGGAUCUCCUGCUUUUUUAUCAUAUUCUUAUUCAUAUUAGUUAUUUUUCAGGUUAUGGUUGAACUUGGCAGAUUUGAAAAAAAGGAAACAAAAAGUUCCACUGUCAUCAAUAUUCAAAAGCAGAAGAAACCCUUGCUCAAAGAACAAAGCAACAGCAGAUUAAGACAUUUUAAAGACAACUAUCCCAUUAUGCUUUGGUGGUCUCCACUAACUGGAGAAAACGGAAGGCUUGGACAAUGUGGAACAGAUACGUGUUUUUUUACUAUUAAUAGAACAUACCUUCAAGAUCCAAUGACUAAAGCCAUUCUGUUUUAUGGCACUGACUUUAACAUUGACAGCUUACCACUUCCACGCAAGUCAAGUCAUGAGUGGGCUCUCUUUCAUGAAGAAUCUCCAAAAAACAAUUAUAAGUUGUUCCAUGAGCCUGCUAUUACUUUGUUCAACCAUACUGCUACCUUCAGUCGACAUUCACACAUGCCUUUAACAAGCCAGUACUUAGAGGGUCUGCAGGCAUUAAAAUCUACUGAUUACCUGGUGUCAGUAGAGAAGAAGAAUGUCCUGAGAAAGAGACUUUCUCCUUUAGCAUAUGUGCAGUCUGACUGUGAUCCCCCAUCAGACCGUGAUACUUAUGUUCAGGAACUCAUGAAAUAUAUUGCAGUGGAUUCCUAUGGUGAAUGUUUACACAACAAAGAUCUUCCACAACAAGUGAACAACCCAUCCUUUAUGGAUGACUCACAAUUUCACCACAUACUUGGCCAGUAUAAAUUUAUCCUGGCCUUUGAAAAUGCAGUUUGUGAGGACUACAUCACUGAGAAGUUGUGGAGGCCACUUAAAUUAGGAGCUGUUCCAGUAUAUUUUGGUGCCCCAAAUGUUGAGGACUGGCUUCCCAGCAAUAAAAGUGCAAUAAUUGUGAGCAGAUUUUCCCAUCCUAAAGAUCUUGCCGCUUAUAUCAAAAAGCUUGACAAAAAUGACACGCUUUAUAUGCAGUUUAUAGAAUGGAAAUUGCAUGGCAACAUUAACAAUAAACGCUUGGUUUCUGCAAUCACAGAACGUAAAUGGGGAGUGCAAGAUGUAACCCAAGAUAACUAUAUUGAUGCUUUCGAGUGCAUGGUCUGUAAAAGAGUAUGCGAAAAUGUACGCUUAAAGGAACAGGGCCCAAGUACUAAGCUAUGGAAUGCUGAUUCAGCGCACCUAAAUUGUCCAGCCCCUGAAGUGUUUUGAUUUUUACCAGUUCAUUCACCAAAGUCCAGCAUGAGGGAAAUGUGGAAGCCUAGCUUUGAACAAUCCAAGAAAGAAGCAAAGGCACUGAGGACACUUGUUGAAAGGAACAGAAAUUUUACUACUGUGGAGUUUUGGAAUCUUGUUUUUAAAUUUUGGUGACUGGCACUCUUUAUGCCAUUUAUGAACAUUUUCCUUCCUGUGGCUACUGGACUGUUUUUUUUUCUAUAGUCAAUUUGUAAUUUAUUUUCAUUUUAGAAACAAUGCAAAUUAGUGCAAGCUUAAUGUCUUGUGUUUUGUCCUUAUCAAUAGCUCAAGGCACAUUUCAAUAUAAGUACAGAAGUGCAAUAUUUUUAUAUAGACACUCUUCUCACUACACUUUUUUUUAUCCCCUGCCCUGCUGCAGUCAUAGAUUUCCCGUAAGGCAUUCGACCAAUGGACUAAGAGUACAGAAUUGUGCUUUUAUAGCUACUCAGCUAGCCUUUCCCUAAAACCCUGGUGGUCUUGUUUACAAAAUAACAAAUAAUGACUGUAACCCUGAGGUAUAUACAUAUCCAACUACCAAAGGCCUUACUAAAAAUAAUAAAUGAACCCCUGACAGCAGAAGUAGUAUACGUUUAUCAGAAAGCCAUAAGAAUGAAGAUAUGCUGUAUCUCCACUGAUAAUGCUAUCAAAGUUUUGUAAUUUAAGCAGGGAAUGUGCAAACAUAUCAACAUGUUGGUUUACUUUUCUCUUUACGUCUGCUCUAAUAAAAGGUUCGGCUGCA